AUCCACUAAAUUGAGGAUAGUCCUUGGUGCAAGGGAUUAUUUAAUUAUCUUUUAGACUACAAGGACCACUUAAUUAGUUUUAUUAAACUACAAGGAUCAAAAUUGUAAUCAAUUCGUAAAUCAUAAAUAGCAUGGAAGGUAAGCAAUCAGAUGAAAGGCUCUGCGGUUUAUGUAACGACAGCUGUAACCCACGAAUUUGAAAAUUUGAAUUUCAAAAACCCUCUACAAGUUUUAACCGUUGGAUUCUUAUCCGUUAGAAAUAGCAGGCAGCCCAACCUACCUUUUCUAAAUAAAAUAUUCGCUUUCCCCUUUCCCUCUCCUCUAUAAAAUCUUCCAUUUGCCCGGUUCCCUCUCCCCGAAUUCAAAAUCCUCUCUUCUUCUAUACAUUUUCUUACAAAACCACAAGCAAAAAUGCGCGAGAUCCUUCACAUUCAAGGCGGGCAAUGCGGCAACCAAAUAGGAGCCAAGUUCUGGGAAGUCGUCUGCGCAGAACACGGCAUAGACUCCACCGGCCGUUACCAAGGCGACUCCCCUCUCCAGCUUGAAAGAAUCAAUGUGUAUUACAAUGAAGCUAGUUGCGGUCGGUUUGUUCCUCGUGCUGUCCUCAUGGAUUUGGAGCCUGGAACCAUGGACAGCGUCAGAUCUGGUCCCUAUGGUCAGAUCUUCAGACCUGACAACUUCGUUUUCGGCCAAUCUGGUGCUGGAAACAACUGGGCUAAAGGUCACUACACUGAAGGCGCUGAACUCAUCGAUUCUGUCCUCGAUGUUGUUCGAAAAGAAGCCGAGAAUUGUGACUGCUUACAAGGGUUUCAAGUGUGUCAUUCUCUUGGAGGUGGAACCGGGUCUGGAAUGGGAACCCUAUUGAUAUCGAAGAUUAGAGAAGAAUACCCAGAUAGAAUGAUGUUGACAUUCUCCGUGUUUCCUUCUCCAAAGGUGUCUGAUACAGUUGUUGAGCCUUAUAAUGCUACUUUGUCUGUUCAUCAACUUGUCGAGAAUGCUGACGAGUGUAUGGUUCUCGAUAACGAGGCCUUGUAUGAUAUCUGUUUCAGGACUCUGAAACUCACCACUCCUAGCUUUGGUGACUUGAAUCAUCUGAUAUCUGCAACAAUGUCUGGGGUUACAUGCUGCUUGAGGUUCCCUGGUCAGUUGAACUCUGACCUGAGAAAACUUGCAGUGAACUUGAUACCGUUCCCUCGUCUUCACUUUUUCAUGGUGGGUUUUGCACCACUCACAUCCCGUGGCUCGCAGCAGUACAGAGCUUUGACAGUUCCAGAACUCACUCAACAAAUGUGGGAUUCGAAGAACAUGAUGUGUGCGGCUGAUCCGCGACAUGGACGCUAUCUAACAGCAUCAGCCAUGUUCCGUGGCAAGAUGAGUACAAAAGAAGUAGAUGAGCAGAUGCUGAACGUGCAGAACAAGAACUCUUCUUACUUUGUUGAGUGGAUUCCAAACAAUGUAAAGUCAACUGUGUGUGAUAUCCCGCCUACUGGUCUUCAGAUGGCAUCCACAUUUAUUGGCAAUUCAACAUCUAUACAGGAGAUGUUUAGGAGGGUUAGUGAGCAAUUUACUGCCAUGUUUAGGAGGAAGGCUUUCUUGCAUUGGUAUACUGGGGAAGGAAUGGAUGAGAUGGAGUUCACUGAGGCGGAGAGUAACAUGAAUGAUCUGGUUUCUGAGUAUCAGCAAUACCAAGAUGCAACAGCUGAUGAGGAAGGAGAGUACGAGGAGGAGGAGGAAGGAGAUGAAUAUCAGCAAGACUAUCAGUAGAUUUUCUUUCUUUUGAACCUCAACUUCCAGUUGCUGGUUUCUAUUCUUCUUUAGUAUGUAGGGUUUUAAAAUGAAUCUGCAGCUAGUACUUCAAAUUUGUUGUGGAAUUGGGUACUGAACUAUUAUUAAUCCUAUCCUUCCUCCUUCAAAUCAUGAACAGGCAGAUGAUGCCCCUUUCCGGUUCAAA